AAAACUUACACUACGCUUACACCGACUUUGCGGGUUUUCAAUUUUCUUGUUGACAUUGACUGCGUUGCUCUGCGAACUGCGAGUUACCCCUCCCGAGAGCUAGGCUUUUCUCAUUUCUGCGCUGCGCUGCGAUUCGUGCUGAUGGCCGAAAUACUUUAGAUUCGGGAACAUUCUUAAAUGAAGCUUCAAGAAGAGGAUCAACAAUUUAUGCUCUAUCUUCUGGUCAAGGAAAAUGUGGAGUUGCCGUUGUGAGAAUAUCAGGAACUGAUGCUAGAUUAGCAAUAGAGAAGAUGACAAAUAUUGCCAAGCUUGAACCAAGAAAAGCUUAUCUUCGUAACAUACGAAAUCCUCAAACUGGGGAAACUAUUGAUAAAGGUCUAUGCCUUUGGUUUCCAGGGCCUAAUUCAUUUACUGGGGAGGAUAGUGUUGAAUUUCAAGUUCAUGGUGGUGUCGCAGUACUUGCUUCAUUGAUGUCUGCUUUAUCACAGCUUCAAUUUCAACCAGCUUUACCAGGAGAAUUCACAAAAAGAGCAUUUUUUCACGACAAAUUAGACUUAACAGAAAUUGAAGGCUUGGCUGACUUGAUUCAUGCUGAAACGGAACAGCAAAGAAAACAGGCUUUGCUGCAAGCUCAUGGAAAUCUCAGUGCUUUGUACAGUAGUUGGAGGGCAAUUCUUUUGAAGUGCUUAGCACAUAUUGAAGCUUACAUAGACUUUGGUGAAGAAGAGAAUAUUGAAAGUCAAGUUUUUGAACAAUGCAAUAUUGAUCUUAAAGAUCUUACAAAACAAAUAGAAAAGCAUUUGUCAGAUGGAAGAAAAGGAGAAAUCCUAAGGAAUGGGAUAAGAACUGUAAUCCUUGGAGAACCAAAUGUUGGAAAAAGUAGUCUCUUAAACCGCUUAGUACAAAGAAAUGCUGCAAUAGUUACAUCAAUUCCUGGUACAACAAGAGAUGUUGUUGAGCUCACUGCAAAUAUUUCUGGCUACCCAAUAGUAUUAGCUGACACUGCUGGUCUCAAUAAAUUAACAGAGGAUAUCAUUGAAAUUGAAGGCAUAAAGAGAGCUAGAGACCAAGCUAGUAAAGCAGAUUUCAUCAUAUUAGUUAUGAAUGCAGAAGAGUAUGUAAAAAGUUGUAAAAAGUACAAUGAAUAUCUUAGUAGUUACAUUAAAAGUCUUGAACUAGAAGAGUUAAUUUUAGUAGAUGAGCAGUUAGCUAGCAAUGUUAUGGUAGUUGUAAAUAAGGUGGAUUUAUUAAAAGAAACCGACAAAAGAACUUUGGAAGAACAUAACUUGAGUAGGAUUUCCUGUACAGAUGAAGAAGGUUUUCAAGAACUUUUGGAGUCUAUGAGGAAGCAUUUUGAAUCAAUAUGUGGAAACCCUAGUGCGGAAAACCCAACUAUAAGCCAAGAGAGGCAUAGAAAUCAUGUACGAGCUUGCCACGAGUGUCUUCUCAAGUAUUUUCAUAUCAUAUCGAAUACGGACUAUGAUAUUGUAUUAGCUUCUCAAGAAAUUCGUAAAGCAGCUAAAGAAAUCGGAAAAAUCACUGGCCAUGUCAGUACAGAAGAAAUUUUGGAUACAAUUUUCAAAAACUUUUGUAUUGGUAAAUAAUGUGUAUAUAUUUUAUUGUUAUAAUUUUACAAUUCGUUUAAUAAAAUACAAAAAAGAA